AGACUUUAUUGUUCAAUGCAAUUAAAAUGUGCAGAUUAUCUUAAAGAAGCUGUUAACACAAAUAUAGAAUAAAUUCGAUAUUCAUUUAUGUCGAAAGCCUGCAAACAGAUUGCAUAAUUACUACCUUUUUAAUCAAUGUGGCAUUUAUUGUUCAAAUAGGAGAAUCUCUUUUUUUAUAUGUUGAUGCUCUAAUCAAUGUUUGGUUAAAAUAUCAAAAUGCUCUUGGAGUUAAUAAUUGAGAGAUUUGCUCCAAUCACAUAAUUUUAGAUAUAGUUCUUAAAUGCCUGUACAUUGGUGUUUUCACAGGACACUUAUAUCUUGUCAGAUGUAAUCAAAAGUCAUCUUCCAAACAUAUAUAAAGAGUGCAUAACAUAGCUACAGUUUUUUAUCAAACAAAUUCCUAAAAAUGAUUCUUAGGAAGGUUAGUCAGUUGCAGAAUAAAUAGCUUAGGCUUAUAAAACUAUUUUAGGAAAUAUUCAUGAUAAACAAGUUACUAUCGAACUCUACACAAGUCUCCAGCAAAUAGUGCAUAAAUGGCCGUUGAUACACAAUAUAAAUCCAUUAAUUUUUCAUGAAGUAGAGGAAAUAAUUGCAAUGAGAACUCCAAGAAAUGUGGAAAUCUAAUUCUAUGAGGAACCGACUGAAUGUGAUAGUCCAACCAAAUCCAAUUCUAUUAGAAAGGAAAAUCAGAUAGUAGUUGAGUUAUAGAGGUGGCUCAGCAAAAUGAAUUAUCCAAUUCCUGUAAUAUCCAAAAGGAUAGGCAGCAGUGUUAUUAAUUCAUAAAACAUGUUUAAAUUAAAGGAAAACAUUGAGGCUAUGCUCUCAUUCAUCUAUUGCCCUUUAAAAUACGAUCCUGCGAAUUGUUGGAUGAAAAUUGAAUUUGAUUAGAAAAUCAGUUUAAAAGAUAUUCCAAAUCUAAAAAAUUGUUAUUCCUUAUAAGCCCCUGCUCACAUCUAUCACAUUAGAUCAAUAAGGUCAUUAUAGAGUUUAACAGAUGAGGAAAAUCACUAAAUUAUUGCAAAAGUAAACCCUUCGUAUUUACAAAUCGCUUUUUCCUAUUUGUCCGAAUGUCUUAACGAAGAUAACUUAAAGAAUUGUAACUUCAAUCAUUUAACUCAAUUACUGAUAUUUUAUUUAGAAAAAGAAUAAGAUAUUUCUAUUUAUUUCUGUCUACAUUAUAAUAUUCCCUAUGCAUUUUUGCAUUAUAUCAAUUAUGAGCAAUCAUCUACAUUUCUCAUUAAUCUCUUUUUAUAAAUUAAUUUGUUGGGACAUUACAUAACAGAACAUUAAAAAAAAUUAUAUGAAUAAGUAUGGACAUAUUUUAAUGCUUCCAAAUUGUUUGAUGAUAUUAUUACCAUACUAUUAAACCCAAAAAAUAGAUAGGAUUUAUUACUUAAAUGUACAUCAAACUUUCGAAAUAAUAACAUGCUCGAAGUAUUCACUUUACAUCCAGAUUUUCAAUUAAAGGAAAAAGUAUAUUAGUAAAAUGAAAACAAUUUUAACUUUACUUUGGAAGAAAAGAUUCAUUUAAAAUGGGAUAUAGAUCAAAUUAAAAAAUUUGUUUAAAAGAAAACAAUCAAAUAAUUAUCUUUUUUCAAUAAAGUUUCACAUAAGAUUUUACCUUCAUUCAAUGAAAAUCCAGCUUCUAUGAUGGAUGUUAUUAGGGUUGCAAUUUAGAAUGCAGAAAUAAUUAAUGAGCCUCAUAAAAAACGAUAACCGAGAGCUACACGAGAAAGGCUAAUUGUUUUAAGGAGUGCUUCAGUAAUGUUUGAUUUAGAUGAAUAAGAUUCUUAGAAAGAUCAAUUUAUUCCUUUUGGCUAUAAUCUUAAUCCUUUAGAAGUUAGAGUUGAAACCAAAGAUAGCAAUACCAAAUAUGAUUAGAAAUCAGUUUCAUUUAUGAGGGACAGUCAAAAGGGUCCAAAUUAAAAAAAACACUCAAGAAAUUUAUCAUUAUAAUUAUAUCCACUUUCUCUAAAGGAUGUCACACUAGGCAUAUGGGAUCAUGAAUAAAAAUAAGACUAAUAUCAAAUAGAGAAUUUGAUGAAGGAUGAACCAUUUUGUUAUAAUCUACUCUAAUUUUUAUCAAUCCUAAUUUAGCAAUUGAUUUUAGGAGACCAUAAGUUGUUUUCUAAUACUUAUUUUAUGAAUAAUAGAUAAUAAAUGUUAAGUGUAAUCUUGCUUAAUGAAAAUUGCAAAGUUUUUGACAAUCUAAUGAAAAUUUACUUAUUUAAAAUAAAAUUAACUCCAUGUAUGAAAGAAAAUAGUGCUGUCUUAUGCGGGUAGUUAGUAAAUCUAAUCAUUAAGAAAAAGCCAGAAUACAUGAACUUUUAGGAUAAUGCAUAAACUUAUAUUGAUUAUUUGUGUAAGGUGAUUAUCAACUCCAUGUAAUGGAAGACUUCAUCAUCCUAAGCUAUUGAAUUGGAUGUAGGUAAAACCCUUUUAUGUGAGACACUUUGCUUAAUGAUUGAAUAUGGAAUCAACAGAGGGCAGAUCUAAUUGCUAAAUAGGAUAACUGCUACAACUUGGAGUUGUCUAAUUGAAAUCUGUAAGUACUGUUUCCCUAUUCGACCAAAUCAAACAUUUUAAGGGAUAUUUAUUAAAUUGAUGAAAUUAAAUUUGGAGUUUGGAUCUGAAUUCAACAUCCACACUAUAUUUAUGAAAUUGAAUUUCCUAAGUAUUGUUAAACAAUUGGCAGAAUUAACAUAAUUAAAUGCUGUUUAAAAUAAGAAAUUUAAUUAUUUAAAUGAAUUUAUUAAUUCAAUCUGCAAUUUAAUUUCUAAUCAGAUUAUCAAAUAAUCAUCUAAAGAGUGCUUUAAAGUUAUUUAAAAUCUAGAUUCAUGGAAUUAACUUAAAUUAUAAUAUAAAAUAACAUCUCAUUAACAUGCAAAUAGUUUUUAUAGUGUAGAUUCGAGAUUAUUAAAUAAUUCAACUCCAGCAACAAGUCACAGCUUUACAAAAAUAAGAAUUCGAAAAUCUGCUCAUUCAUAAGCAUCAAAAGAAUGA